AGUCGGAAGCGGCGCGCGCGCAGAGCACACGCGCGGAUCGCGGCACAGAUUGUUUCGUGACUUUUGUGACGUCAGUGACAAGUUUAAACACACACCAUGAUUCGACACAUAACUUUAGUUGCAAUAAUAUUGCAACUCACGGAUCUGAGUCUCGUACACACAGCUCAACAGCAACUUCAACUCUCCGACUCGUACCUACCAGUGGCGAUGCAAGUCAUAGCUCACCUCACCGACCAGAUGGCGUACGAAGUGUCCGACGACCCCGCGCCCACCACGCGGCCCAUGAACAAACCCGCUAAGCCGACAGUAAGGCCGACAGUAAGGCCGACAGCUAGGCCGACAGUGAAGCCGGUGACGAGCAAACCGUUGGAUCAGACCACUCCCCACCACAAGCCAGGUCUCUACUCCCCCAACGCCCCUCCAAAGGCCAACGAGCGUUCAGACUCCAAAUUCGUUCUCCUUCCCAUGGAAAACAACUCUGAAUACACAGUCAUCCAACCAGAAGACCGAAAGACUGGAGAACCUCUCCUCUCCAUCCACGAGGAAGAAGUCAAACCCCUGAUGGAGCCAAGUCGAGUUGAUGCCCCAUUACUGCCACCCCAUUUCGAAGCUGACAAGAUUUCUCGUUCUGAUAUCCUGGAUAUUGACGAAGAAUUAGACGAUGAUAGCUUGCAGUACCUAUCACAUGAUGUGAGAGAGAUGAUUAAGUUGGCUAAUGACCCUGCUGAUGAGAAGCUGGUGGAUGUUUGGGAGGGCGUAAGAGCUGGACCUCAGAUGGCGCAGAAGAUGAAGCUGUCCUCUUCGAAUCUGAGGCUGCUGCUGCUGUAUGACCUGCUGAGCAGGGAGGCGAAGAGGCAGCGGCUUUCGGAUUAUACUGGCUUCUCCCCCACCGUGAUGAAGACCCUGGUAGACUCGUCCAGCGGCGGCGCCCGCGCACAACUCCGUCUUGCUCUCUCCAAGAUGGUGGACCGGCGCGACUGCGAGCACGAGUACGCGAACAACCGUGCGAAAGAGAUGGUCGACGAGCUGGCCAAGGAUGAGUCCAAGUUAUCUGCUGAGCUCAGAUAUUUGCAGCCUUUGGUUUAUGCUUAUUAAAAGAUCGAAAUAGUUGUAGUUUAUCAAGUAACGUUCAAAAGCUAUUUCUUACAGUUUCUUAUAUUAUGGCCAACGAUAAUAUUAAUAAUAAAAGGUUUCUUUUUUUUUUUUCACUCCUCUGGAGAACACAGAAUCUAUAACUCUCUGGAAAACUGGCGCUUCAGAAAUAAGAUCUAGAAAAUGUAAUGAUCUGUAAUCGAUUUGAAUUCCAUAAGUCCUUAAAACAUUAAUUACGAGUAAACUAUUUUGUAACUAACUUUGGGACUAUGAGAAACGAUCACGGAUUCGAAUCUUUAACUAAUCUUACAUUGUCUUUUCAAGACACGUUUAAAUCUAGCAUGUCAUUUUAUCGAUUUUAGACGGUGCCACGAUAAAAUUAUAUCGUAUGAUCUAAGCUGGUAGAGCUGUUACCUAAACCGUAUCUAUAUCAAUUUCUAUGUACUUACAUAAGUAUAUUUAUUUAUUAUAGCCAUUUUUAAAGAAAAGAAAAAAGCAUUUAUUAAGUUUAUUAUUUACACGCCCUUUUCUGUAUUUUUUGUAACGUCUAUAAUUUCUGAAAUAUUACUAAAAUAUCAUACAAGUCAGAAACUAAGGACAAUGGAUAUAGUUUGUAAGUUAAAUUGUAUAGUAACUAGCAAUUAAUUAUAUUAAUAAUAAUAUUAAUCUCAAAGUGCAUUUGAUAAAGACUUCAGUUUAGUAUUAAAGUGAUAUUCAUCUUAUUUAAUAGUGUAUAAACCGAAUUAUGUAUAUUCUGUAGUUUAUGAUACUUAAGUUUUAUUAAAAUCAGUAUUUGUAAGUGCGUUUUUAAAUUAUUUCCAUUAUCAAGCCUUUUUUAAUAACUAGUUUUAGUAGGAUCUUUCACACUAUGUCAACUUGAAAUGUGAACUCCGUCAGUUUAUAAUAUAACGCGUAAGAUUGUAAACAAUAGUGAGUUGAGCCCCGCAGGGUAGCAGGUAUCCUGUCCCCGCAGGGUAGGUAUGCCAUUUCAUGCAUUCUUUCCCCGACAAAAAGAACGUUAGAUUGUAAUCUAACUACGUCAGAUUAUAAUCUGACUAAAUUCACAAUUUUAUGGUGACAGAUAAUAAAUAUUUUUAUUUAUUUA